AUGGAUAAAUGGUCAAGCUAUAGUGAAGAUUGUGAAACGAAAAGUCAACAGUUUGUAUCAUUCCAAAGGGAACCAUCAGGAUUUAUGCGACGAACAUUUAGCUUUCAGGCUGGAAAAACAAAGGAAUUAUUUAAACUGGAUUCUGAAACUAGUGCAAUGAUCAAACUUCGAUACAAAGAUAUUUCAAAACAUGUCAUUUGGCCAGAUUGCGCAUUGCCUGAGGGAUACAAUCGGAGUUCUUUGACUUUAAAUUCGGUCCAUUCCAAACGUGCAACCAUUCGCUACAAUCAUGCCGGCAAUCAUCAGGCGACAAUUUUAAGGCUUAAAGAUGAUAGAACUACAGGAAAAGACUUGGCAAUUAUUCCAUUUGGCUCACCAAAAACUUUUCCAAGAACUAAAAAGCAAAAACUUUCUCAGCAUCAGAAACAGCAACUGUUUUACACUGUUUAUCCUUCUCAAACUUUGUCACCAACAAGUUUGACAAGGAUUAAAGAGGAAAAGGAAGCCACAUCGAUAGAUCCAAGAAGUAAAACCAAUGAAACGAUAGUGGAUAUUGAGGAUGAUCGGACACCGAUUCCAAAGCGGGUAAUUAAUUCGGUGAGACGUUCCGAAUCUAGCGAUGAAAAUGAAUCAAUUGUUAAUAUGACAGCGCCACGAGUAGAAGACGAAUGUUGUGAGGGUGAUGACAGUGAACCUGAUUUGCAGAUUUGGAGGUUCUAA